AUGGGUUUUAGAAGGAUCAGGGACAUGAAUUUGGCCCUACUUGGAAAGCAGGAUUGGAGGUUUCUCACAAGGACAAAUUCUUUUGUUAGUCGUGUGUAUAAGGCACGUUAUUAUCCUACCACUUCGUUCUUUCAAGCGGAAGCUGGUAGUAAUCCUUCGUUUGUUUGGAGAGGGUUGCUUGAGGCAAAGGAGGUGUUGAGAAGGGGCUGUCGUAGAAGUAUUGGUGAUGGUCGAGGGACAAAGAUUGGGGAGGUUCCUUGGUUACCAGAUGUGUUGAAUCCGUAUGUUAUAACACCAUUACACGAGUCGGUUACAAUUGCUCCGGUCUCCUCUUUGCUCAAUGUGGAUGGAACUGGUUGGGACUAUGAUUGUGUUAGGGAUAUUUUUGAUGCCCGUGAUGCGGCUCUUAUCAUGAAACUCCCACUGAGUACUAGAUUGCCCCCUGAUUCUUGGUACUGGGCCGAUGAUCAUAAAGGGAAUUAUACGGUUCGGUCUUACUAUCGGCGGCUGGUGGGUGAGGCGAAUGAUUCGCGCCCUUGGGCGAGAAUUUGGAGCUUACAGGUCCCUCCAAAGGUAACUUGUCAUUUGUGCCACCAGUUUGAGGAAUCCGCCUUGCAUCUGUUUGCUACUUGCAGUGAGGCAGUUAAGGUUUGGGCGGCUCUUGGCUUACUAAUCGUGCCUACAGGAACUGGUAAUGUCUCAGAUUGGUUUUUUGAGAAUCUCAGUAAUUUAGAUGGUGAUAAUUUAUGCAAAUUUGUAAUGGCAUGCUGGGGUUUGUGGUGUAGUAGGAAUGAUUCGGUGUGGAGGAAUGUUCCGUACUCUAUGGAUUUGAUGCUGCGUUCUGCUCUGUCUUUGUGGAGUAAUUGGAAGUGUGCGAAUGAGGGGGAUGCACCCGCUGUUCAAGAGACUGAAGAGGAGAGUUGGAAGCCGCCAUCUUUCGGCUGUUUAAAGCUGAACACUGAUGUCGCAAUGAGUUCAAACGGCUCCAUGGGUAUGGGGUGGGUUGUUAGAGAUGAAAUGGGGACCCUCGUUGCUGCGAAGAGCUCAAACUAUGUGGGGGAUUAUGAUGUUAAAGAAGCCAAGGCGGUCAGUAUUCGGGAGGCUCUAAGUUGGGUCAAGGCUUUGGAUUAUGGGAGUAUUGAUGUGGAAACUGAUUCCCAGAUUGUUUUUUAUGCCUUAUCUUCCCCUUCUUAUAACUCGCCUUUUAGUUUGAUAAUUGAUGAUGUAAAAGAGGCUGCAUCUUUGAUACAGGAUGUGGUCUUUAGUUUUGCUAGGCGAUCUGCGAAUCGUGCUGCCCAUGCUCUAGCUAGGGAGGGCGUUUCACUGUCAGGAAAUGCAACUCAAGAGUUGUUUUCCGAUGACGACCUGGGUUUCGACUCCGAUGACGACGACGAUGAAUUCUUCAAGGUUACUUCUACGCCAAAGAACCUAUCCCAUUCCCCAAAAAUAAUCAAGAAACUAGCUAGGGUUCAAGAAAACUGUAGAAGAAGAGUUGUCUCCUCCUCCAUUGCCGCCAUUAAUGAUCGUGCAGUGGCUCGUCAAGAUAAGUCAAUGGAAGCGACAAAAAAGAUGUUAGGGUGCAAGUACCCUGAAGAAGAAGAAGAACCGGAAAAGAAGGCGGUCAAGAAGAGGAAGAUAGAUUUCCCUGAACCUAAAAAGCAUUGCCACAGCCACACUUUUGGUAUUUUAGUUGAUGACAUUAAAGAAUCUACAUCUAUGUUAAAUAAUGUAGUAUUCCACUUUGUAAAGCAAUCUGCGAAUCGUGCCGCCCACCUUAUUGCUAGGGAAGCCGUUUAUGUGUCAGGUUGCGGGGAAUGGAUCGAUAUCCCGCUCCCUUUUCUUGUUGCCUGUUUAUCUGUUGAUGCAAUGAAUUAA